ACCAACAUUAACCAUUAUAUGAAUAUGAUUUUAGGAUUACCAAUACUUUCACUGUAGUUUACUUAAUCACCCAUUAUUUUUAUUCUUUUUCAAAACACUUUUUUUUUUGAAAGAUUUAUCAUUUGAAAGUUAAAUUUUGGGAUCAAAUUCUCAUGGUUGUGUUGUUUCUCUCGAUUGAUUAAAUAAAAAGGUUUUAAUAUUUCUCUUUUAAUAUACAUUUAGCAUGAAAAAUUGAAGCUAUGGUAAAAGUGGAUGGCAUUGGAAAUAGUGGCAAGAUUAGAGAAAGAGUCACUUACAGAAAAAAAAAAGAGUGAGAAUAGGUAAGUUCUUAUUUAUCCAAGUGCUCUGUAAUCUAGAGGCUUACAGCUUUUUUUUUGCUUAUGUAAUCUUUGAUUCUAUUUGGUUGAAAUCCUAUAAUUUAUAAAAAAUUUUGAUUUUUUAUUUUUUUAAUUUAUUUUUUGACUUAAGUUUGUUGUGAUAAGUAUCUUUAUAUAAAUGUGGUUGUUGAUCUAUUUAUACCAAACUCUAAAUAAGGUUUACAAAUUUAUAUCACUUGCGUUCUCCAUCUGCCCUUAAUGCUCCUUGGUUCACCAAAGCCACCAUCCAAAGGUUUUGUUUUUUUUCCUCUUUCUUGGCAAUUUUAAGCAAGGUUGUUUAUCUCUUGAAUUAUGAGUUUUAGGUAUAUAAAUGGAGUUUAUGAGUUGUGAACAAAAAGAGCGUGUUUCAUGGUGGGUAUUGAUGUUGUGCUUUCUAUAAAGAUAAGAAUGAUGUUGUUGUGCCGUUAUGUGAGGCUGCCGAGAUGAUCAAUGAUGAUGAUUAUGGGAUUCGACAGCAAACAGGCGGUGAUAGUAGUUUCUAUGGCUCCAUAUAUUAUUCCAGAAGUACUCCUGAUAAAGCGAGGAAGAGAGGAUAGAUAGAGAGUUUGCUGUAUUGCUGGAUGCUUGUUUAAAUACGUUUGCUUGAAGGUUUGAAAAUAUGCCUAAGAAACCGCAGUACAAUUGUAUCUCCAACGCUGGCACUGAACAUGUUGCUGAGACUGCCGAAAGUUCUUCGGAGGAUGAAGAUUAUGAUCCUGAGGCUGAUGAAGUUGACUCAUGGGAUGAUUACGUUGAUGACUUAUAUGCUGAAGAAGAAGCUGUACCCCGGAACAAGUCCAACGGUCGCAAGGAUACGGAUUAUUGGAAUGUUGUUGUAAGCGAUGAUGGCAUCACAAGAACGAUGAGUUUGAGCGUCAGAGAGGCCAUAGUUCUUCCACCUAGCAGAAAAAUCAUUUUGGAGUUUAAUGAAGAGUUGCAACCGAUCGGUCAGGCAGCUGGAUUAUUGAGUGGGUUUCUAGGGAAUCUGGGUGCUGACUUUCAACAUUUUCCCAUCAAUGAAGACAGUUGGAAGACAAUGGACAAAGCUUUAAAGGAACAUGCAUAUGAGACAAUUAAGCGCACCUUCCUGUAUGAGGAGGAUGACAAGGGAAAAAUAAAGCGGGUAAUGAUUAAAAGGUUGGGAAAAAACUGGAAGGAAGCAAGAAACCACUUGUUUCACAAGGUUUACGACGAGAAAGAGAGUUUCGAAGUAAAUGCCAAGCGUAACCCAUCAGGAAUAGAUGCACAACAAUGGAGAUGGUUCAUUAACUAUCGUUUGAAGGAAUCUACAAAGAAAAUGUGCAAACAAAAUUCUCAGAAUCGGUCGAAGCAACUAUAUACACACACUGGGGGCUCUAAGACAACAGCAAGGCUAAGGGAUGAAGAGGAGAAAAAACAGCAAAGACGCAUCAGCAGAGGAGAGAUGUUUAUUAUGACUCAUAAAAAAAGGGAUGGCUCAUAUAUGAAUGAUGAUGCGCGUGUUGUUGGAGAAGCGAUUGAGAGUAUCGAGAGCCAAGGUGGAACCUCAAAGGAGAUUUCUGCUACUGAUUCACUUGCGCAAGUCCUUGGAAAGGAGCAUUCAGGACGAGUUCGGGGGUUAGGUUUUGGACCAUGUCCAAGCGAAAUUAUUCAUAAUACUACACAAUCGACCCCUAGAGUGCAAAUUGAGGAGUAUCAGAGAGAGCUUACAGAAUUGAAGGAAGUGGCAGCAGAACAAAAGGCGGAGAUUACAGAAUUGAAGGCAGAAAAAGCAGAAGACAAGGCAAAGAUACAGAUCAUGGAGAACCUGGUGAAAUACAUCAUCCAACAGCAAGGACAUACUUUGCCACUUGAAAUUGAUGCACAGCUUAAGUCAUUGGGGGGUGGAGCAGAAUAGGGAUCUUAAUUGCAAUUUCUUUUCCUUUGUGAACAGUAUACUUUGAGAAGUAUUUGUUAUUAACUAUUUUUGUUUGUGAUAUAAGUCAAUUAU